AUGGGAACAGCUGGUGAGGGUGCUUUUAUUUGCCUGAAGUGUGGGCUCUCGGCUGGCCCUGCGGUGAAGCCAGAGCAGCUGGUCUGCCUUGCCUCCCAGUUCCAUUUAGCCAGCAGCUGGCAGGCAUCUGCUGUGGGCCACAGUGUGCAGAGCCCUGGGGGGAUUCAGAGCCCUCCCUGCACUAACACAUGCCCCCCAACCGCUGCCAUCUACCUGGAUGGCACCUGCUCCUCGUUCUUUCCCAUUUCAGCUUCCGGCCACCUCCUCCUUGGAGCUUUUCUGGAUUCCCUGCUCUCCUUUGCUCCCAGUGCCCCCAGCUCAGAUGCCUGCCCUGGGACACUGGACAAGGAGGCCUGGCUCCUCGGGACCAAGAUUGUGGUCUUGGUCUGUGCUGUACUCCUGCCGCCGCCGGCCUCUGUACUCCUGCCGCCGCCGGCCUCUGUACUCCUGCCACCGGAAGUUCUCCAGCAGCUGAUUGUAAUGAAUUUGCCCAAUGUUUUAAUGAUUGGCAGAGACCCACUGUCUGGGAAGAGCAUGGAGGAAAUCAAGAAGGUGCUGCUGCUGGUGCUGGGCUGUGCCGUCCAGUGUGAGAGGAAAGAGGAGUUCAUUGAAAGAAUCAAACAGCUGGACAUUGAGACCCAGGCUGGCAUCGUGGCCCAUAUCCAGGAGGUGACUCACAACCAAGAGAACGUGUUUGACCUGCAGUGGCUGGAGCUGCCCGACGUGGCUCCGGAGGAGCUGGAGGCCCUCUCGAGGAGCAUGGUGCUCCACCUGCGGAGGCUCAUCGACCAGCGGGACGAGUGCACCGAGCUGAUUGUGGACCUCACUCAGGAACGGGACUACCUGCAGGCACAGCAUCCACCCAGCCCUGUCAAGUCCUCCAGCGCUGACUCCACUCCCAGCCCCACCAGCAGUCUCUCCAGCGAAGACAAGCAGCACCUGGCCGUGGAGCUGGCCGACACCAAGGCCAGGCUGCGGCGUGUCAGGCAGGAGCUGGAGGAUAAGACAGAGCAGCUUGUAGACACCAGACAUGAGGUGGACCAGCUGGUGCUGGAACUGCAGAAAGUUAAGCAGGAGAACAUCCAGCUAGCGGCAGACGCCCGGUCUGCUCGUGCCUAUCGAGACGAGCUGGAUUCCCUGCGGGAGAAGGCGAACCGCGUGGAGAGGCUGGAGCUAGAGCUGAGCCGCUGCAAGGAGAAGCUGCACGACGUGGACUUCUACAAGGCCCGCAUGGAGGAGCUGAGAGAAGAUAAUAUCAUUUUAAUUGAAACCAAAGCCAUGCUGGAGGAACAGCUGACUGCUGCUCGGGCCCGGGGCGAUAAAGUCCAUGAGCUGGAAAAGGAGAACCUGCAGCUGAAAUCCAAGCUUCACGACCUGGAAUUGGACCGGGACACAGAUAAGAAACGAAUUGAGGAGCUGCUGGAAGAAAACAUGGUCCUUGAGAUUGCACAGAAGCAGAGCAUGAACGAAUCUGCCCACCUUGGCUGGGAGCUGGAGCAGCUGUCCAAGAAUGCAGACUUGUCAGAUGCCUCCAGGAAGUCGUUUGUGUUUGAGCUGAACGAAUGUGCGUCCAGCCGCAUCCUGAAGCUGGAGAAGGAGAACCAGAGCCUCCAGAGCACCAUCCAGGGGCUGCGGGAUGCAUCCCUGGUGCUGGAGGAGAGCGGCCUCAAGUGCGGGGAGCUGGAGAAGGAGAACCACCAGCUCAGCAAGAAGAUUGAAAAGUUACAAACCCAGCUGGAGAGAGAAAAGCAGAGCAACCAAGACCUGGAGACCCUCAGUGAGGAGCUGAUCAGAGAGAAGGAACAGCUGCAGAGUGACAUGGAGACCCUGAAGGCUGACAAAGCCAGGCAGAUCAAGGACCUUGAGCAGGAAAAGGACCACCUCAACCGAGCCGUGUGGUCGCUGCGGGAGAGAUCGCAGGUCAGCAGCGAGGCCCGCAUGAAAGAUGUGGAGAAGGAGAACAAAGCCCUCCAUCAGACGGUGACGGAGGCCAAUGGCAAGCUCAGCCAGUUGGAGUUUGAGAAGCGGCAGCUGCACAGGGACUUGGAGCAGGCCAAGGAGAAGGGGGAGCGGGCAGAGAAGCUGGAGAGGGAGCUGCAGCGACUCCAGGAGGAGAACGGGAGGCUGGCCAGGAAGGUGACCUCCCUGGAGACGGCCACUGAGAAAGUCGAGGCCCUGGAGCAUGAGAGCCAGGGCCUGCAGCUGGAGAACCGGACACUGAGGAAGUCUCUGGACACCUUGCAGAACGUGUCCCUGCAGCUUGAGGGCUUGGAGCGUGACAACAAGCAGCUGGACGCGGAGAACCUGGAGCUGCGCAGGCUAGUGGAGACCAUGCGCUUCACCAGCACCAAGCUGGCACAGAUGGAGAGAGAGAACCAGCAGCUGGAGCGUGAGAAGGAAGAGCUGAGGAAGAACGUGGAACUGCUCAAGGUGCUGGGCAAGAAGUCAGAGCGCCUGGAGCUCAGCUACCAGAGCGUGAGCGCUGAGAACCUCCGGCUGCAGCAGAGCCUGGAGAGCAGCAGCCACAAGACGCAGACCCUGGAGAGUGAGCUGGGCGAGCUGGAGGCUGAGCGCCAGGCGCUGCGGCGGGACAUGGAGGCCCUCCGGCUGGCCAAUGCACAGCUGGAGGAGGCCGAGAAGGACAGGAAGGCCCUGGAGCAGGAGGUGGCCCAGCUCGAGAAGGAUAAGAAGCUGCUGGAGAAGGAGACCAAGCGGCUGUGGCAGCAGGUGGAGCUCAAGGACGCGGUCUUGGACGAUAGCACUGCCAAACUGUCCGCUGUCGAGAAGGAGAGCCGCGCACUGGACAAGGAGCUGGCCCGCUGCAGGGAUGCGGCCGGCAAGCUGAAGGAGCUGGAGAAGGACAACCGGGACCUCACCAAGCAAGUCACCGUGCAUGCAAGGACACUGACGACUCUGAGGGAGGACCUGGUGCUCGAGAAGCUGAAGAGCCAGCAGCUCAGCAGUGAGCUGGACAAGCUGAGCCAGGAACUGGAGAAGGUCGGCCUCAACAGGGAGCUGCUGCUGCAGGAGGACGACAGCGGCAGUGACACAAAAUACAAGAUUUUGGAGGGCAGAAAUGAAUCAGCAUUAAAAACAACACUGGCCAUGAAAGAAGAAAAGAUUGUGCUCUUAGAAGCACAGAUGGAAGAGAAAGCGAGCCUAAAUCGCCAGUUAGAGAGUGAGCUGCAGAUGCUGAAGAAGGAGUGUGAGACCCUCAGGCAGAACCAGGGAGAGGGGCAGCAUUUGCAGAACUCUUUCAAGCACUCUGCAGGGAAGACAGCCGCCAGUCACCAGGGGAAGGAGGCCUGGGGGCCCGGCCACAAGGAAGCCACCAUGGAGCUUCUCCGAGUGAAGGACCGGGCCAUCGAGCUGGAGCGGAAUAACGCAGCUCUGCAGGCUGAGAAGCAGCUGCUCAAGGAACAGCUGCAGCACCUGGAGACCCAGAACGUGACCUUCAGCAGCCAGAUCUUGACACUGCAGAAACAGAGCGCCUUCCUGCAGGAGCACAACACCACGCUGCAGACCCAGACCGCCAAGCUGCAGGUGGAGAACUCCACGCUGAGCUCCCAGAGCGCCGCGCUCACCGCGCAGUACACGCUGCUGCAGAACCACCACACGGCCAAGGAGACGGAGAACGAAAGCCUGCAGAGGCAGCAGGAGCAGCUUACAGCGGCCUACGAGGCCCUGCUGCAGGACCACGAGCACCUGGGCACGCUGCACGAGCGGCAAUCGGCCGAGUACGAGGCCCUCAUCCGCCAGCACAGCUGCCUGAAGACACUGCAUCGGAACCUGGAGCUGGAGCACAAGGAGCUCGGGGAGAGGCACGGUGACAUGCUGAAGCGCAAGGCGGAGCUGGAGGAGCGGGAGAAGGUCUUGACCACUGAGCGAGAGGCGCUGCAGCAGGAGCAGAGGACAAACGCCCUCGCCGUGGGCGAGAACCAGAGGCUGCGGGGUGAGCUGGACAGGGUCAAUUUCCUGCACCACCAGCUGAAGGGGGAGUACGAGGAGCUGCACGCCCACACCAAGGAGCUGAAAACCUCACUGAACAACGCACCCUGA